GAAAGAAGAAAGAAAAAGCCCAUAGAGCAAAGAAAGGAAAACCACGGAUAUAUAUCUUUUCUGUCUCUCCUCGACGGAGGGAAAAGCAAUAGGAAUGAUAGAAAGGAGAAAGGGAUGAAGCCAGCACAACCUCCAAAAAAAAAGACAGAAAUAGAAAGAAGAGAAAGAAGAGAAAUUCGAUAAUACAACUUUUGGGUGUCAAAUCAGUAGACAGAUAUAUCAAAAGCAUCAAACCGCCACUCCCCA